CUUUUUGCUUGUUGUGUUUUGAAAAAAUUUUCAAGAAUUUUGCGCCAAUUUUGAUCAAAAACUUGAAAGUUGAAAUUUUUUCAUUGAGAUCGAGCGUUGCGUUUUUCGUACUUAAUUAGUUUUUCAUCUUGUUUCUAAUUUGAAUUCGUAUAAGCUCAUCGCAGCCUUAUUAUUCCAUCUCCCUAUUCGAUAUGUUUCUCUUUCAUUAACGAAUUCGUAAUCAUUUUCCAUCUCUUACUCUUAUCACUACAUAUUGAUCAUCAUGACCGGCAUUUACCUAAGAUCAAUUUGAGCUUUAUUAUACAGAAGUAUUUCAUCAUGGGUAUACAAGGACUAAUUCCAUUUCUAGAGAAAGCAUCCGCUCCAUCGAAUGUAUCGCAGUUUGCAGGUAAAACCGUAGCUGUAGAUGCGUAUUGCUGGCUUCACAAAGGAGCUUUCUCAUGUGCUGACAGACUUGCUCGAGGAGAAAAUUGCGACAAUUACGUUCAUUAUUGUAUGAAAUUUGUUAUCAUGCUGUUAUCUUAUCGCAUCAAACCAAUACUGGUAUUCGAUGGUCAAAAGUUACCCGCAAAGGCUGACACUGAGAAGAAAAGACGAGAAAAUCGGGAAAUAAAUCGUAAAAAAGCCGCAGAAUUGUUGAGAUUGGACAAAAGCAAAGAAGCUCAAACGUACUUGAGAAGAUGCGUCGAUAUUACUCACGAAAUGGCCUUACAACUGAUACGAGCUUGUCGAGCUCGUAACGUUGAUUGUAUCGUUGCUCCUUACGAAGCGGAUGCCCAAUUGGCUUUUUUUAAUGUCAAUGACAUCGCCGACGUUAUCAUCACCGAAGAUUCGGAUUUGCUUUUAUUUGGAGCUAAAAAAGUUUUAUUUAAAAUGGACGUUCAAGGAAACGGAUUAUUAGUGGAACAAGAGAAGUUGCAUUUAGCUAUGGAUGUGCGACCAGAAAAUUUUUCUUUCGAUAAGUUCAGAUAUAUGUGUAUUUUAUCCGGCUGUGAUUAUCUGCCUUCGCUUCCCGGUAUAGGAUUAGUUAAAGCACGUCGUUUCAUUAAUAGAACAGCGGAUCCAGACAUUCAUCGAGCUAUUUCAAGAAUGGGCGGUCAUUUAAAUAUGCCUCAACUCGAGAUUACUAAAGAGUACAGAGAUAAUUUUAUGGCAGCUGACUUUAUGUUCAAAUAUCAACCGGUUUUCGAUCCGUUCAAACGAUGCAUAGUACCAUUAUUGGAAUUUUCGGAUGAGAUUUGCCAGCAAAAAUUCAACGAACUAUUGGCCAUAAAUGGUCUAUCGGAAGACCAGAUUUGUCAACUCGCUUAUGGAAAUUUAGAUCCUUUCUCGUUGAAGAAACUAGAUAAUUGGCAUCCGGGGCAAGAGAUUUCAAAACCAAUCCCAUCCGUUGGUUGGAAUACAAACGCAAACAGUGUCGCACCUCAUCCUAGUAUUUGGUCGGAUAAUUACGAGCCCAAGUCGUGGUACACUCCGGUUCCAAAACCUGAACCUCCAAAUGCUUUUAUCGUAUCAUCGAGCGUGAAAAUCGUACAGAACAAGGCGCCUGCGAAAACUACUCCUAAGCGUGAUCCCAAAGAACUCGACGAAGCUGUAAAACAGCUGAAAAGUUUAUACCAGACUGAAAAACCGGCCGAAGAAGAAAAACGAAUAGAUGGUAGAUUAUCUCCAUCGCCGAAGAAAACAUAUCACAAUCCUUGGAAAUCCACCUCUACACUUCCGUCGGCCAAUAAGCGUAAUACAGGCGCUUUAUCAAAAUUCAUUUCAUCUUGCAAAGCUUCACCUACUACAAAUUCUUCUCCGUCGAAUAAAGUGAUCAGCAGAUAUUUUUUCUCAGCUGUAUCGCCAACUAACCAGAAACACGAAACACCAGACCAUAAAGAAUCUGAAACAGAAGCCUUACAAGCGAUGUAUUCAGCGCCAUUGUCGCCUAAUCAGUCUGAACCGGUGCCAGAUUCUGGUUCAUUCUGCGAAAGAUCUCCCUUGAAAGAUCAGAAUUCGGAUACUUCGUUAUGCGAUAAUGAGAAAUCGCCAGAUCUCAAUAAAUCCGUGAGCAGAAUUCGAAAAAGACUUAAUCCUUUCGCCGUUAAGGGAUCCGAUAAAAAAUACUGUGCCAAGUUUCCUGUAUCUGAAGACCAGGCAAAGAAAUCGUCUCAAAGCAAAUUCUCUUGGUCUGAUAAUAUGACUACGAAUACGACUUAUGAUUUUGCCACCAAAAAUAAUAGCAUUGCUAGAGAGUUCAAACAGCCUCGUAAAUUACUGGCGGAAGAAUCAGAGAACGACGAAAACGAGAUCAACGAUCAAGAUGAUAAACUGACGCCAGAACAGGAAGACGAAGGAUUUUGCAGUCCUAGCGUAGAGACACCGGAUAAGUCACCGCCUCCGUUGCAGAAGAAAUGCAGAUCUCCGGGUUUAAAUAAGAAAUCCAUGCUUAAGCAAAAGUCCAUCGCGGCUAUGUUCGCAUACAAGUACUUAUACUUUUUGUUCGCCGUUAUCGCUUUAUUAAUCGUUUGGCUUUGCUGUUGAAAAUGCGCACCGAUUGUUGUAAUAGUAUACUAAAGAAUGACGAUGGUGGUGAUGGUUUUUGUUGCUUACAGACAACCCGCCAAGCUGAAAUUGUGAAAUACGUCACGAAUUCAGUCAAUUUGUCAAACGAUCGAUUACAAUGUCCAGUUAUUAGUUUUGUUAAUGAAUCUGUUGGUUUAAGCUGACUUUCUUAUUGUUUUAAGAUUACCUUUUGUGAUAUUUUUCUAUUAUUGAAUAGUUUUAAGUUUUCAUGACAAGUACCUACCUUACUUAUGUAAAGUUGUACGAUUUACUUUUUUUUUUUUUUUUUUUUGUCUUCAUAAUAACAGCGAACGGUAACUGA